AUGAAGACACAACAAAAUAAAAAAGAUUUGGCAUCAUGCUAUGAAAAAAUUUCUUAUAAAUUUUCAAAUGUACAAUAUUCAGUUGAUAAUGGAAACUUAGAAAUAUUACAUGGAAUUAGGGGAAUGAUACUCCCACAAAAAAUAACAAUUAUAAUGGGACCAAGUGGAAGCGGAAAAACAACAUUGUUAAAUGUUUUAUCAAUGCAAAUAACAGAUGGGGUUAAAGGAAACUUUUUAAUUAAUGAUCAACCUAGAACAAAAAAUUUAAAACAUCAUAUGGGAUAUGUAUUACAAGAUGAUUAUUUUUUUGCAAAUUUAACAGUAUAUAAAACUUUAGAAUUUGCAGCUAGAAUAAAAUUAAAAAUAAAAAAUAACAAACAAUUAGAAGAUUUAAUUAAUUCUGUUUUAAAUAUUAUGGAUUUAUCACAUGUUAAGCAUACAAUAGUUGGAAAUGCAUUUAUAAGAGGUAUAAGUGGUGGGCAAAGAAAAAGAUUAUCUAUAGCCACUGAAAUAUUAUCUAACCCACCUUUAUUAUUUAUGGAUGAACCAACUAGCGGUUUAGAUUCUGCAGCAGCCCUAUCGCUAGUUGAAUGCAUGCAAAAAAUGUCUAGAUUUUCAAAUACUACUAUUUUAUCGUCUUUACAUCAACCUAGCAGUCAAAUCUUUGAAAAAUUUGACAAAUUAAUUGCUAUCAAUAGUGGUUACAUAAUAUAUCAGGGUAAAACUACUGAUUUAAAUACUUAUUUAAAAAAAAUCGGUUUUAUAUGUCCACGUGGUUGGAAUAUAGCUGACUAUUUAAUGGAAAUACUGGCUAUCAAAAAAUUUGAACCUAUAUAUUUAGAGAAUUAUAAUAAAUAUAUAGCAUUUGAUGAAAAAGAAGGAUAUUACAUGGAUUUAAAUUCAAUUGAUAAUACAGUGAUUCAUGAUGAUCAUGAUAAUGAAGUAAAAAAUAAUGAAAAAUUCGAAAAUAAUUCUAAUGUAAAUGAUCAAAUUUUAUCGUCAAAUAAUAUUUCCCAACAAAAUUUAGAUAAUGAAAUGAAAACCCUAGAUGAAGAUUCAAGCAAAUUAAAGUCUAUUGAAUUGCUAAUUUCACUUGAUAUGAAAAAAGCUUCAUACAUGAUGCAACAUCUAUAUUUAUUAAUUAGAGGAUUAAAAAGAUUUGUAGUAGAUGAAUUAACUAUUAUAAAAAUAAUAGAUUUAUCUAUCACAUUAACUAUAUUUGGAUUCUUAUGGUCAAAAGCCUUUUCAGAUCCACAUCGAGUUUUAGAUUCGAUGGGUGCUAUUUUUUUUAUUAUAGCUUAUUGGACAUAUUAUCCAGCAUAUUUAUCUUUAUAUGCAUUUCCUUCUGAAAGAGUUAUAAUUGCUAAAGAAAGAAAUGUUAAAACUUAUCAAGUUAGUAAUUAUUUUUUGUCACAAGCAUUAGCUGAAUUUAUAUUUUUUUUUUGUUUAAUCGCUGUAUGGAGUAUAUUUUCACAUAUAGCAUUAUAUGGCUCAUUCAAGUUUGAUGUAUAUAUUGGCUUUGUAUUUGUUAUUACAUUAAAUGCCUUAAUAAGUAGUUCUUUAGGAUAUUUUGUAUCAACAUUAUUUGACAAUUUAAGUAGAGCUGUUAGUUUAGUAUCUGUUACACUUUUAACGAUGACCUUAUCAAAUGGUUUCUAUGUUGAAGUUGCAAAAUUAAAACCUCCUGUAAAAUAUUUGCAAUGGCUUUCUUUUCAAACAUAUACAGCUUCAGCCUUAGCCAAAAUCAAAUUUAGUGAACUAUUUAUAGAAUGUCUACCUAAUGAUAUGUCACUUGAAUGUCAAAAUAUAAAUCAAAUUCCAGGAAAUAUGGUUAUCAAACAAAGAUUUGCAAAUAUACAAAUUUAUAUAUCCAUAUUUAUUUUACUCGCUUUUUAUCUUACUAUUAAGACAUGGACAUAUAUUUCUCUUAGAUGGUCUAACGCACUGAGAAUGAAAUAA